GACAACAGAGCAGAGGAGAGGGGACAGGCCGCCGGGGAAGUACAGGCUCCACACUCAUGCCUUGAGAAAGGAAGAGUUUUCUGUUAAUGGGGAGAAAUCACAUUCAGCUGGAGUUCUGAAAAUGAUAGAAACGAUGGACACUCAGCGUGCCUUGCAGGCGGUGGAGCGUCUCCAGGCCAAGCUGAAGGAGCGGGGGGAGGUGCCCACCGAGGAGAAGCUCAGCCUGCUCAAAUCUGUGCUCCAGAGCCCCCUCUUCCACCAGAUCCUCGCCUUGCAGAAGUCGGUCCAGCAUCUCAGAGACCAGGAGAGUGUCCCGGCGUCACGUGGGAGCGACCUCGCCGACCUCGCCGAUCACGGUGACCACGUAGCGGCAGUUAAGCCCAAUGACGGCCACGUUUCCUACUCAGACAUAUCAACGUCUACACUCAUCAAUGGAAAGACACCAUCGGAAGAAUUUGAACAUCUUGUUCACUCCAUGGCGCAGGGGCGCUACUUGACACACGUGGAUCUGCUGAAGCCAGAGUCGGGAGGUCUGGGCUUCAGCGUGGUGGGCCUAAAGAGCGAGAACCGCGGCGAGCUCGGCAUCUUCAUCCAGGAAAUCCAACCAGGAAGUGUGGCUGACUGUGAUGGGAAGCUGAAGGAAGCUGACCAGAUCUUAGCCAUCAACGGGCAGAUCCUGGACCAGACCGUGAGCCACCAGCAGGCGAUAGGCAUCCUGCAGAGUGCUUCAGAGAGGGUGCAGCUCACGGUGGCACGAGGACCCAUACCUCAGCUCAGCAGCAGUCCUGCAGUGUCCCGCACGCCCUCUGCUGCCAGCACACUGUCAGCCAACUCCAGCGCGUGGCAGCACGUGGAAACCAUCGAGCUGGUCAACGAUGGUACUGGUCUCGGCUUCGGUAUUGUGGGAGGAAAGACGACUGGAGUUAUUGUCAAAACCAUCCUUCCUGGAGGCAUCGCUGAUCAGGAUGGCCGCCUGCGCAGCGGCGACCACAUCCUGAGGAUCGGAGACACUGACCUGCACGGGAUGGGCAGCGAGCAGGUGGCGCAGGUGCUCCGGUUGUGUGGUAACAGGGUGAAGCUGGUGGUGACUCGGGGGCCUGCGGAAGACGGCCCCUCUGUCUCCGCGGUCAUGCCCGUGGUGCUGCCCACCGUCAGCGAGCAGGGCUAUGAGGAAGAGGAGGAUGAAGCGUUUGACGUGAGCCUCACCAAGAACGCGCAGGGACUGGGCAUCACCAUCGCCGGAUAUGUUGGAGAUAAAAACUCAGAGCCCUCUGGCAUCUUUGUGAAGAGCAUAACUAAAGACAGCGCUGUGGAUCAAGAUGGCCGGAUUCAUGUUGGAGACCAGAUAAUCGCUGUGGACUGUGUCAACAUCCGGGGCUACACCAACCAGCAGGCAGUGGAAGUGCUCCGACACACUGGCCAGACGGUGCACCUGAAGCUGAUCCGGAGGGGCUUCAGGCCCGACGAGAUCCCCCCCGCUGUGGCCCCCAGUGUCACCGCGCUGCCCCCGUCCACCACCAUCAUCCCCACCACCACCAUCGUCAUGAUGGAGCUGGAGCUGGAGAGGAAGAAGGCUGAGGAGGCUGCUCAAGGCACCGCAGAUGAAAAGCCGCUGCAGACAAAGAGUGAAGGAUCUGAUGUCAGCCCAGUCACGGAUCAGCUGACAGAAGACAAACAUGGGACGAAGCUAACAGCCUCUGAAGAGGAAGAACUGAUGAAGAAGUGGCUCGAGAUUCUGGGUCCAAGUAAUGAAGUCGUAGUGGCUCAGGUGGAGAAGUUCAGUGAGAACAGCGGGCUGGGCAUCAGUCUGGAAGCCUGCAGCGGGCAUCACUACAUCCGCUCUGUUCUACCUGAGGGCCCUGUGGGUUGCUGCGGCCAGCUGUUCAGUGGAGACGAGCUGCUGGAGGUUAAUGGUUUAUCGCUGAUCGGUGAAACCCACAAGGAAGUAGUGAGAAUCCUGAAGGAGCUUCCUCUCUGCGUGUACAUGACCUGCUGUCGGCCCGCCCCGCACCUGCAGACGGACAUGGACGAACCAGAGUCACAGACUUUGCCCACAAUGUUGACAUUAAAGAAACAAACAGACCUGAGCAGCGUACGAGCCGCUGAAGACUCAGAGGUGAAGGCAGCGACAGCGACACAGAAUAAUGUGACAGAGGAGGCCGUAGGAUCUCCCCUCGCUAUGUGGGAGCUGGAGAUCCAGAAUAUCGAGCUGGAAAAGGGAGAAGGGGGAUUAGGAUUCAGCAUUUUGGACUACCAGGACCCGCUGGACCCCGCCAAGACGGUGAUCGUGAUUCGCUCUCUUGUUCCCAACGGCGUGGCCGAGCAUGAUGGCAGACUGUUGCCAGGCGACCGGCUCAUGUAUGUUAACACCACCAACCUGGAGAAUGCCAGCCUGGAGGACGCCGUGCAGGCGCUGAAGGGAGCGAACCUCGGCAUGGUCCAGAUAGGAGUAGCCAAACCGCUGCCUGGAAUAUGUGGAUAUUCCCAGUCUCCACACCCAUAUGGUGAGCAGGAAAUUACUUCAUCAUCCAUCAUCCAUUCAUUUGACUUCAACAAUAUUUUGGUUGAAGAAGGAGAAGAAGGACUGGCUGAGGGCGUCGUUUACCGGGCAGAGCCUGCAUUGAUUGACUCCAGCGACGUGGAGCUGUCUGAUGAAAAGCUGUUAGAUCAUACUUACUCCGGGAUAGACGACGACACUUUCCACGCAUCCAUGAUCGCUCUUCAUGGCAGCAGCUGCAGCGCAGACCUGGAUUACCUGCACUCAUCCACACCCAAGCUGACAGCUCGCCUGGCCUUGUUGGAUGAGCAUCCCUGCUUUGAAACGCUGCCCGGCCUCGCAGACAACUCUCCAGCGCUCCCCCCGGAGAAGUCUGCCUCUUUCACUCCUCCGAGUCUGAGAGGGCAUGUCCCGACUUUCAAUGCCACACUAAGCAGUUCUGAUCAGUUCCUGGCACAGCUCGCCACCAAAGAAGAGCCAGUGAAGUGCUCAGACUGUGAAGCAGGCAGCAGAUCGUCCGUCCCAGAUGAACCUGCGGAGGUGGAACAUAUUGGAGAUAUAAAGAUUCUGAUGAAGGACGAGCAGGCUGGUGGCAGAGAAUCGGCAGACGACGGUGACGAGGAAGUGCUGACCUCGGGGAGCAGCUUUGAAAGGACGAUCACGGUUGUCAAGGGCAACUCCAGCCUUGGGAUGACGGUGAGCGCCUUGAAGGACGGUCUGGGGAUGCUGGUCCGCAGUAUAAUCCACGGAGGCUCCAUCAGUCGGGAUGGACGUCUGGGUGUUGGUGACCUCAUCCUGGCCAUCAACGCAGAGCCCACGGCCAACAUGAGCAACGCUCAAGCCCGAGCCCUGCUCCGACGGCACUCUCUCAUCGGACCAGACCUGGGAUCUGCUUGUGCACCUGAAGACGAUCUGUGCCCAUUUUAUGUCAUCACAUAUGUUCCAGCAGAGUAUCUGGAUGAGUACAAGGCCAGCCAGGAGCGGACGACAGAGGAUGUGUUCAGUGAAACGGCUCCGGUACCGGCUCCAGAUACAAAAGUUGUUCCUAACCUCCCUGAACGAGAGGAUGGAGAGGGAGAGGAGAGUUCCUCCUACAGCAACUGGAACCAACCGAGGAAAGUGGAGCUCUUCCGAGCGCCAGGCAAGUCCCUGGGUAUCAGUAUCGUUGGGGGCCGAGGGAUGGGCAGCCGGCUGAGCAACGGAGAGGUGAUGAGGGGCAUUUUUAUCAAACACAUCCUGGGCGACAGUCCUGCCGGACAGGACGGGACCCUGAAGACAGGAGACAGAAUCGUAGAGGUGGACGGAGCAGAUCUAAGAGAUGCCAGUCAUGAGGAGGCGGUGGAGGUCAUCCGCAGGGCAGGCAACCCCGUCACCUUCCUGGUGCAGAGUAUCAUCCACAGGCCCAGGAGGCCGCUGCUGCCCUUUCUGCAGCUCGAUAGCCAGCGCGGGUCGAGCCUUCGCUGCACUAAUCAAAGCUGCUUAGCACCUGCCCUCCUUCAGUCAUCAGGAACAGACUGCGGAGAGGACAGAGCCGCAGCCAUGACGAGGGACAACAAGGACAAGGAGGGUUACAGUCACAGUAGACUUGUCCUCCGCCUCUCCCCAACUAACCCUUUCACUCCUACCCCGUUUAAGCGGGUGAAGCGUGAAGCGGCGAAGGCAUCUCCCAGCAGCUGCGUCCUCCCCCUGCCAGUGGUGCCCCAUGUGGGAGAGACUGAUACCGACACGCUGACAGAGAGUCCUGGCAGACCUGCUGAGGCAGAGGAGGACAACGAGGAGGAGGAGGAUGAGUUUGGAUACAACUGGAAGAACGUGAUCCAGCGCUAUGGCAGCGUCCCGGGCGUCCUGCACAUGAUUGAGCUGGAGAAAGGCAGGACGGGCCUGGGCCUCAGCCUGGCGGGGAACAGGGACCGCUCUCGCAUGAGUGUGUUCGUGGUGGGAAUCGACCCCAGCGGGGCGGCCGGCAGGGACGGACGUAUGGGGGUGGGGGAUGAGCUGCUGGAGAUCAAUGGACAAGUGCUCUACGGCCACAGUCACCAGAAUGCAUCGUCCAUCAUCAAGAGCGCUCCAUCCAAAGUCAAAAUCAUCUUCGUCAGGAACACGGAGGCGCUGAACCAGAUGGCUGUGGGACCGGUGAGAGAACACGAGGGAGACGCCGAGGAGCCCCGUGCAGAACCUGCUGCUGCUGCUGACGCCGACGCAGACACUUCAAAACAUGUGAAUCACGCCAUAAAGCUGAAGGAAGACGGAGGACUCGGCAUCACCUUCAUGGAGGGAAACACUGAGAGUGGAGUUGAGAUUCACAGUAUAUCUGAAGUGAAAGGACACACAGGCAAAGAGGGCUGCAUGAAACCAGGGGACAAACUCCUGGCUGUGAACGGUCAAUCCGUGCUCGGCUACACUGUGGAAAAGGUCAACUCUCUGCUGGUAACAUCCAAAGGUCCAGUGAAGCUAACCUUCUCCUCUCUGCAGUCAAACGAGCAGGACGGGGACUGCUCGGAUGACGACCUUGGCAGCCUACCCAGCAUGCCUAGUGCCGCCGUGACGUGUCUGAGUCAACCCGAGGCGGAGGCAGUCCUGAGUCCGAGCCGCUCGUCCACGCCUUCCACUCUGGCCUGUGACCCGGCGACAUGUCCCAUCAUCCCCGGCUGUGAGACCACCAUCGACAUCUCCAAGGGCCGCACAGGCCUGGGCCUCAGCAUCGUGGGAGGCUGCGACACCCUGCUGGGGGCCAUCAUUAUCCAUGAAGUUUAUGAAGAAGGGGCAGCCUCGAAGGACGGCAGACUGUGGGCAGGAGACCAAAUCCUGGAGGUGAAUGGCAUCGACCUGCGCGCAGCCAGUCACGAUGAAGCCAUCAACGUGCUGCGGCAGACCCCGCAGAAAGUCCGGCUGGAGGUCUUCAGGGACGAGGCCCAGUACAAGGAGGAGGACCUGUGGGACUCGUUCACUGUGGAGCUCCACAAGCAGCCCGGGCAGGGCCUGGGCCUGAGCAUCGUGGGGAGGAGGAACGACACGGGAGUGUUUGUGUCGGACAUUGUGAAAGGAGGUUUGGUGGACUCUGACGGCAGACUGAUGCAGGGCGACCAGCUGCUCUCAGUCAACGGGGAGGACGUGAGGGCGACCACGCAGGAGGCCGUGGCUGCACUGCUCAAGUGCUGCGUGGGGCCGAUAAACAUGGAAGUCGGGAGGUUCAAGGCCGGGCCCUUCCACUCAGAAAGAAGGCUGUCUCAAAGUAGUCAGAUGAGUGAGACAAGCAGCAGCAAGGUGUCGUCUCCGUCCUGCUCAGACUCUGGGAACCUUCCUGCUGACCCCGACCAGCUAGACAUGAGCCCAGACUCUCCAGAGCAUCAGGACACCAGAACAGUGGAGUUCACUAAAGGUCCCAAUGACUCUCUGGGGGUCAGUAUCGCGGGCGGCGUGGGCAGCCCUCUGGGAGAUAUCCCCAUCUUCAUCGCCAUGAUGAACCCCGUCGGCCUGGCUGCUCAGACACAGAAGCUCCAGAUCGGGGAUCGACUCGUCAGUAUCUGUGGGAGCUCUGCUGAAGGCAUGACCCACACACAGGCUGUCAGCCUGCUGAAGAACGCCACAGGCACGAUACAGCUGCAGGUGGUAGCGGGCGGAGACACCACGGUGACCGGUCCCUCUCAGGAGCAGGCGGCUGCAGCGCUCACACCCAGCUGCAUCUUCCAGGACGACCUCGGCCCACCUCAGUAUAAGAGCAUCAAUCUGGAAAGAGGACCAGACGGACUGGGCUUCAGUAUAGUGGGGGGGUACGGCAGCCCCCACGGAGACCUGCCCAUCUACGUUAAAACAGUUUUUGGAAAAGGGGCAGCGGCGGAGGACGGCCGGCUGAAGCGAGGAGACCAGAUAAUGGCCGUCAACGGUCAGACUCUGGAGAGCGUCACUCAUGAAGAAGCCGUUGGCAUCCUGAAAAGGACCAAAGGAUCCGUCACGCUCACUGUGCUGUCAUAGACACACACACACACACACACACACACACACACACUCUUCACUACUUCCUGCCACAGUUAAUCCAACACCUCGCAGGUGUCACGUCAGAGCACAUCUGCACACUGAAGCAUUCACUGAUAAUCACGUUGUCGCUCGACGUAGCUUUGAACACUGUGAUCCACGAGAGCACGUAGAUCCACGAGAGCACGUAGAUCCACGAGAGCACGUAGAUCCUGUACGAGUCAUGCAGAGUAGUAGUCGAGGAUGACUUCACACUGUAUCUGUAGUGAUAUUAAUCAAAAAGCUUGUAAAUAGUAUUAGAAACAACUGUUUCACAUUCCACGGCUCUGGAUUGAAAUAUUCACUGAAGGUUUCCUGUAUUGAAAUGAUUUAUGAGAUCAUUAUUGUCACGAGUAUUUUACAAUAGAGAGCAAUAUCAGAAUAUGUCUCCAGAGGACAGGCCGUUUCUCAAGCUGUUAACAGUCGGGGGUCUAUGAAUGGGAGGGGGCUCCCACUGAAUGAAACGGCAUGAAAGACCCUCGAGGUCGUUAACAGAUUAGCAGAAUUAAGCCGGUAUUAGCUGAUAGCAGCAUUAUUUGUCUUUUCAUUGUGCUGAUCUUUCUGGAAGGGGUAAAGUCUGUUGUUUGAGCACAAGAGAGCGUUUCUAAGUAAAAACACACACAGGUGUGAAAUCUUUCAAACUAAGAAGUGUGGUUUGAGUGCACGUCUGAGUGUGUGUGAGUUUGUGUGUGUGUGUCCUACUCACUGAAAUAUAGUGCUGCUAAAGCCGAUAUAUAAGGUAUUAUGUCAGUAUUUGGAUUUUUUUUUAAAGUAUUAAUUAUUGUCCAUUUCAUUGCAUUCAAGUGCACAGAAAAGCAGAAGAGCUGCUCUGUAGGUUUGAGUGGACGAGUGUUGAACCUGUACAUGAUUAUAUAAAUCUUAUUGUUCACCCAAUACAAAGUCAUGUAGCUCCUGAAGUCAUUGUGUGUGUCGUGUGCUCUGCUUUCAGUCUUAUUACCUUAAGUAUGUGUCUCUAGCACUGUCAAUGUGACAGCAUUGAAUUUAUUCACACUGAAUUAAAUAAAAGUGACCUUUGGAUUCAA